AACCACCCAGUGCCACUCGAUAUCCACGCGCGCCUCGCGUUCCACUUGUCGUUUAUUCGAGCACCAGUAAAGCGUAUGCGCUCCCUCGAUUCCACUUAUAACGAUGUCCGAAAAGAGUCCUAGGGGCCCGAGUACGUCACGGAACUCCAAAACAGAUUUCGUUCCCGCAACCAUCGACAAUGCUUACGGCAAGGAACGACGCAAACCAUCCCUCGGCUUCUCGCUGUUCCGGCCAAAACCCAGCGACGAACUUCUCACCGAAUCCGCCGACGAACCAAUGGCCCUCUCAGCCUCAAACUGUCGAACCGUAGUCGUCGCUAUCGAACAGGCCGCAUACGAGGGCGGCUUUCUGCCAGAGGAAGCCUGGAGAACUGACAACGUUGAGCGUGUACCUCGCACUACAAUUCUCGUCGAAGCAUCUCCUCCGUUCCAACGUUACGAGAAAAAAAUGGCGCCGCGCUACCUCGAGGAAGACGUCUCGGCCGUUAGCCAAGGCGAAUUCCUCUCCUUUUCGCUCCUUGACAAGGUGAGGAUCUCGCUCGGCAUUGUCUCCCUCUUGAUGCCCAUACCGCUGCUGAUGGACGGCGAUCAGCAUUACAAAUCCGUGUAUAUUGUCGUUACUCUUGCCCUCCUCUGGCUGCUGCGUCCGGUACCUCUAGCUGUGUCUGCUUUCUUUCCCAUUGUUGCCAUACCUCUCAUGGGGAUUAUGAGCACGUCCGCCACGUGCUCGUACUAUUUCAACGAGGGUAUCUUAUUCUGUCUGGUGAGUUCGUUAGUAUCAGCUGCGUCGCAAGAACAAGGCGUCCAGAAACGGAUCACACUGAUGCUUUUACGCGCGCUCGGGUGUCAGCUACGAGCGACCCUUCUCGUCCUGAUGGUGAGCGCGGCGCUGUGGGCCUCGCUGAUGAGUGCUCCGGCAGCUGCAGCGGUAGUCCUGCCGAUCGGAGAAGGGUUACUGAAGGAAUACCAACGAAAAGUCCAAGAACAAGGAUGCAGCCAUCACGAGUCUCAAGGCUCUGUGCGGCAUAAGGAUAGCUCCAAGGAAGAACUGUCAGCUGGGGAUGAGAGAGCGGACAGCAUACGAAAGACGUUUCAUAUAGGAGUUGUGUUGUCGGCGAUAUGUGGGGCGCCGUGUGGUCUGACGGGAGCUCCAGCCAAUAUUUAUCUGCAAGCAUUUCUGUGUAGGGAAGGCUACCCUGACUUGGUGACGUAUUCCAAAUGGAUAACUGUGAAUAUCUGCACCUUGUUAGUGAACACCACUGCGAUCUGGACGCUUCUUGUCUACACCUAUUUGAGGAAGUCUGAGAUCAGCAUGGUGAAUGCUGAAGUCAUGAGUGCAGCAUUACAGGCAUUUUCCAGCUCUGCAGUGGGCAGGUUGCGACAGGAAGAAUUGCUCGUUGGCCUGACCUUCUUCGCCCUGGUACCCGUGUGCUUCUUCCGUGCCCCUUAUUUCAUGAGUGGCUGGCCCCAUUUCUUGUCCAUCGACCAGUGGGUAGGCGAAGAAAGCCCGCACCUUUUUGCUGCAAUCUUCCUCUUCGUCGUGGCCGCAAGUCCCGCAUUUUCCAGACUUCAGCGGUUCGGGUCCUGGACGGUGGUCGAGAAAGCAGUACCCUGGAGCACCCUUCUGGUCAUGGGAGCGGGAUUCGCUGUCAACGAGGCCGUGAGGAACACAGUCGUGCUUUCAUUCCUCAGCGCAAGCAGGAAGCCCAGGCUGUCUAUGUCACUCGUGCAAGUAUGCUUGAGUGCCAGCGUCUCUAUAAUUGCCGAGUUGCGUGGAGGAGUGGCUCUGGUGUCGAUUAUGCUGCCAUUUGCCCUGAAGACAACAGAGGCCUACCAUUGGCAUCCGCUAAGUGUUCUUGUACCUGCCACGAUGUCCAGCUCAAUCGCCCUCUUCUCAUCAGUCACAUCUCCAGCCCAUGUCCUGCUCCUGGCUACCGACCGCAUCAAGCUGAGUAAGCUAGCGCUCUCCGGGAUCUUCGUCCACAUCGUCUGUGUCGCCACAGUCCUCAUCGUCACAAACAUUGUCGGCAAAGAGGUCUUCAGCUUCGACACUAUGCCCAUCAAGCGCACUGUAGCAUGAGAAUACCAAAGUGGAAAUUCCCCAUCCUAUUCUGAACUGAUAUCCUGUUUCAUCAAAAUAGCUUAUUAAUGAACUAUCAGUACAUAAAAUAGUCCUUUAUUCUA